AUGACAUCGCCAAAAAUACUUCAUUCAUCAUAUCUUAACCGGAAUAAUAAAACAAACCAUUGGACACUGAAACACUUUAAAAAUCGCAUCAAAACAUCGACCAUCACAAGAUCAACAAGAACUGAAACUCAUGGAAUCAACGCAGAUAAACAGAAAUCUUCUACUAUAUCUGUUGAACCUACAAGAGAUAUGAAUGAAUUUGAAACACAAUACCAUAACGCCAACUAUCAUGGAUACUACUUUCCAAUGAAAGAAUCUGAAAAUGUACUGAUGACAGAUCAAGAUCCUACAAGUAUUACAACUCAUGCAUCGAUAGAUGACGUCUCAUUACAAUCUAUCUCAAUAGAUUCUUUCAGUUUUGAUGGAUUCGAAGCAGACGAAGAAGAAGAAUUUGAUGACAUGAAACAUCAAACACAACAACAACAACAAAAAAAGAUUACUAAUUUAGAUGAGUCUUUAACUACAAAGGAUAGUAAUUAUUCACCGAUCAUAGUUGAAUCUGAUUUUGUGAGUACAAUUCUAAGAGAGACAGGAUUAUAUCAUAAAGAGAGUGGAAAUACUGAACUGCAACAACAACAACAACAACAACAAGAACAUAAACAUCAACCCACAUUGAAACAUUUAACACAUUCGAUAAAUAAUCAAUUAUCAAUGUCUGAUAUUUAUUCAAUUUUCGCUAGUCAUGAUCAUCUGGAAACCAAUGCAAUGCAUAGUAAUCAAAAUCAAAACUCAAACAUUAAGACAACAAAUUAUCAGAGUAAAUAUUCAAUGUUCAACUCACUGAAACGCUUUUCAAUGACUCUGAACACAUCAACAUUGAAUAAUGGUAGUACUAAUAAUAAUAGUAAUGACAGUAAAGCGAAGAAUUCCACUUUCACUUCGACAUCUUUAUCAAAAAGUAAUCUUCGUGAGUUAGGCUUACGAUUGAAACGAUAUUUUCACGGAGUUGGAAAAUCGAAAACACUGCCUACUGUGGAGGUGUACAAGGAACCCAGUGAAAAAAAACCCUCCAGUGAACUUGUCAAUGAAUAUAAAUCAUUGAAUGCCAAUCUAAACCAACUACAGGGUUAUUUCGAACAUGAGAAUACCAAGAGGAAUAAUAAUAAUAAUAGCAUCGCUAGUCGCCAUGGCAACAAUAUCAAUACAAAUUCUAUUAACACCUUAAUAUCUGAUAAUUAUCCUAGUGAUUUAAAUGAUUCAUCAUUACGAUUGAACAAAACGUUUGGUGGUGACGAUAGCAUUCCAGAGAUAUUGACGUCUACAUCAAUGGGUACAACAAGAACAGAUCAACUUAUCAGUUCUCCACGUCGUUCAUCAUCUUCCCUUGCAAGAUAUCGACAUCGAAAUGAGGAGAAGACGAAUCAACGGCUGUCACACUAUUCAGUGGAACAUUCUGAAUACCACUCUGAUACUCUACCGCAAUAUUAUUACAUGCCAACUUUAUUCAGUUCGGAGAGUAAAUCGUCAUCGCUGAGCAAAGAAAGUGGUGGUAGGAAGAUAUUGAAUUUCCUUCAACGUGGAUUUCAAUCGAAACGUCCAAAAUCCAUGAUGAAAAGUGAACGAUUAAAGAAUCAAGCAAAGCGUCGUUCGGGCUCUUCAUCAAGUCUCGAUAGUCAUCUACACAAGAAAUCUUCAUCCACUGUCAGUAUUGAUAAAGCUAUAAGCUGUCUUGCUGAGCAGAUCCAAUUACCCUUUGAACUGUAUCAAGCCUUCCAUGUGAAACCACCGACAGAAUAUGCAGUCAAGACAAGUUGCCUGAGCAAUGGGAGUGCUAGUAAUAUUGGCAGAUUAACACAAAUAUGUAAUAUUGAUCCAAGUUUGAUUGGGAGUAGUAUUAGCAAUCAUAAUAACAAUAAAAACAGAUGUCAUUAUUGUUUCCAAGUUAUGUCUCCAUCUCAAAGACUCCUGAUGACAUCAAGUACAUCUGGCCUACAGCCGAAUCGCGAAGAAAGAAAUUCAACUGACAAGAAUUAUCUAACACGUUCUAUGAGUGGUGAAAUGUCUACGACUUCCAGUCCUAUAAUCACCAAUAUGUAUGAUAACAACAGUCCUUCCAAAGCUUCCUCUCCAACCUCCGCAGCUUCAGCAACAACUACGCCAGUGACUCUUCAAUCUCAGGGAAGUACAACAGAGGAAACUGUCAAUAUUCCUUUCGUUAUAUAUAAUUAUUCGUGUCAGUCCGCUUUGGAACGUGAUCGUUGGGUCCAAUAUUUAAAACGAUUAGUUAAUCCUGGACAAGAUACUCAACGUCGUAAAGAGAAUUGUUUAAACGUAUGGAUCCAAGAAGCCAAAGGAUUAACCGUGAAAAAUAGGUAUUUUUGUACAAUCUUAGUGAAUGGUACAAUCUGCGCACGUACAACUAUCAAACAAAUGACAGAUAUGUUAUUUUGGGGUGAAGAAUUCGACUUAAGUGGUCUAACAGACUGUUCUUAUCUAACAAUUGAAAUAUGGAAGGCAUGUGAAAUCGGUAAAUCCACAUCAUCUCCCUCCUCACAUCGUCAUCGUAACAAUUCACCUUCGAAUCGUCGGCGUGGUGAUGACGCUAAAAAUACAAGUCCACCAGCAGCAAUACGUAAAGCCAUGAUGACGUGUACAAGAGCUGUUGCUGAAGACGGAUCAGUCUCCCCACCAGAUUUUACUGCUUUUCGUAAUUCGGCUAUUCUGGAUGACUUUCCCAUAAUGAAUAAUGGGGAUGCUCAUGGAGGAUGUGCUGGACAAAAGCGCCGAAAAUUCAAAACGUCAUCGUCUACAUCAAAAGUGGAUAAGAAAUCUACCCUAGUUGCAACAAUCAAUAUUAAUCUAUUAGAUAUUUCAAAUUCAGGUGAUGUUGAGAGUUGGUAUUCUCCAGACUCAACAAAUAAUCCUAAUGCCAGUAAUAAUUCAAUAAUGCUUUCAAGUUGUUUGAAACAUCAGUCUUCAGAUCCGAAUGAACUUGUACCUGUGCAACAAAAAUCAAAAUCUAAGGCUAAAUCAAGAUCUAGUCGUGAUCCAAUUACAAAUUGUGUUCAAAUACGCGUGAAAAUACGUUAUCGUGCUUUGACUGUCUUACCGCUAACAAGUUAUGCCCGCCUAGAAGCAAAUUUGUGUCAAUUUCAAAUGCCUAAGACAUUUCAACGGCAAGAGCAUCAACUGCUACAGAUGACUGGUUCUACGCUAUUGUUCAAUGGCUCAAAUUCUUUGACUACAUCAAUAUCACAGAAGCCGGAUUUAAUUCAACUGUUGUCAAGCCUAGAUCCAUGGUUAAACGUGAAAGCAAAAGCUGAGUUGGCCGGUGCUAUCGUAGUUUUACAACAGGCUAGAGGACAAGUGAUUGAAUUUUUGGCAAGCCUUAUUUUAUGUGAAGUUAGGAAACAGACUGAUCCAAAUAUGGUAUUACGUGCUAACAGUAUAGCCACAAAAGCUACAGAGAUCUAUUUACGUCUUGUCGGUGGUUCGUAUUUGCCAACAAUACUCUCCGACUUCGUGAAGAUAGUUAUCUCUGGUAUCCCUGUUGAUCCACUCUUGGUGAUAAACAAUCGUCAACAUCCUAUUGAUUAUGAAGUUGAUAUUUCGAAGGUGCAAACCUCUUCUCAAUUGGCACAAAAUCAAGUGAAUUUGCUAAGUUUAGUUGAACUUGUAUGGAAAAAGAUUUUAACAAGUGAAGAUAAAUUUCCAGAACAAUUUCGAGCCUUAUUUAUCGAAAUUAGACAAUAUUUAGACGGUUCAAAAGGGUCCUACUUAUCAUCAACAUCAGUGAAUUCCAAUGUCAGUAGUAGUAACGUGAGUGUCAUCGGUGUCGGUGUUGACAAUGGCAAUGGUACAUUGUGUGAACAUGUCAUCUCAGCUUGCCUUUUUCUACGUUAUAUAUGUCCAGCUAUCCUUUCACCAUCAUUGUUCAAUUUAACCCAUGAAUUCCCGAGUGAAUCAAGAGUACUACGGGCAUUUACUCUGGUUGCUAAAACAAUCCAAACACUGGCGAAUUUCAGUCUCUUCAGUGGUUCCAAAGAAGCCUACAUGAAAUUUAUGAAUCAGUUUGUCACUGAUCAAUUGCCAGAGAUGCGACGUUUUCUACAUUCCAUUUCAAUGCCGAUUGGAAAAGCUUCGAUGCAUUCUACUUCUUCACCUUCACAAAAAUCAUUAAAUAGCAACAGUACAGCAGUACUGAAACCGAUCAAUAAUAAUAACAGCAUUAGUCGUCAUGCCAACGGUGACAAUAACCAUAGCAAUAGAAAUAGUCAGAAUGGUUCUACACCGCAUUCUCUACAUAUGAUUAGUUCAUCGGAUGAGAAUUUUCUGAAAGUAUCGAAACUAUCGUCAACACGUCGAUUAAAUGGAGAUGAUGAUCGUGGUUGUGGUGGUUCUUCUACGUCUUCAGAGAAUCGUAUUGGCAACAGUCAGUCACACCAUGGAGGAUUUAUGGGAGAGAAUAAUGGACUGCCCACAAACACCAGUGUACCAGUUUCAAUAAAUUCACGUGGGAAAAUACAUAAAUCGCAUGAUGUCAAAUCGUCUAUGAAACAGCAAUCUAGUCAAGAAUUAUCCAAACACAAAACAUAUCAAGAAGUGUCAACCACGCUAAAUUGUAUCGCCUUACCACCCCUUCCAAGUUAUGAAAGUCAACACUCAAGUUCUCACCAGCCUCAGAAUCAUCUCGGUUCAAGAGAUCAUGUCGAUUUGCCGCUAUGCUUAGCUCUAUGUCAUCUUCAGUUAUGUGAGGCUAUUGAUAAAGUUCCUGAAGAGAAAAGACAAUCCGAUAUCAACGAGUUGAAGAUAAUUCUAGACGAAAUCAGUAUGUUCCUCACGAGUGGGAAAGAUCCACAACCAAAUUGGUGGUGGCAAAAGAAGGCGAAUACAAACAGUGAAGAGGAUAAUAGUCCUUCAUCGAUUAUUGUCAUUAACACUGACAAUACCACAAUGAAUAACACCACGACGGCAAUAACAAAAAAAGUAGAGAAUUUCCACAACACAUCUAGAAGUCAUUCAAAAUCACCACAUCCACUCUUGAAGAAGAAUACUUCACAGACAACAAUGAGGAUUCCUGCUAAUUAUAUUGGGGAGACACAUAAUAAGAGUACAAUUUCACUAGAUGAUGAGAAAAUCACCCAACUCCCGUCUACACUAAUGUUAUCAGCGCCUAGUUCUACUGGUUCGUUGAAACAACAAAUCAUUGUCCCUGAGAAAAAGAGGAAACCUACUGGAAACAAUAAAAAUCAUUAUAAGACUAUGCCUAGCUCAAAUGUUGAAAUUAUCGUGUCGAAAUCACAGCAGAAUCAUCAUACAGCAGCUACCACUGCUGUCACUACGCCUACGACUUCGCCUUCACCUACGAAUAUACCACCAGAACGCAUUAUUCGCUGUGAUUCAAUUGAAAUCCUCAAAGUUCCCUAUACAACAAACACUACAGAUGGCUUUUAUCAUUCAAUUGAAGUGAAGAAAAAUCAAUUCCCCAGUACUAAUUCACCAAUUCAGCCAAAAACUUCCCUAGACUUUAUCGUUGACUCGAAACUUGCCAAAGAAUCGCCCACUGACUCUUCUUUAAAAGUGGAUCACAGAAAAUGGAGAAAAGGCAGGAUAGAAAGUCCACAGAAAAAGAAAUCUCAUGAAUCUGUUGUUAUAUACCGUGAAACGAAUGAUACUACAACCACUGGUGGCGAACGUUUACAAGCCAAACUAGAUAGCCCAGUCAGUGCAGAAAUGAAUCCAACAGAAUUUAGCGAGGAUCCUUCUGUAAUGAGCUCAAAUUGUGUAUUAGGCAAUUAUUCUAUCUCUUCUGGUUAUCAUACUAUCUCUAGUCGUUGUGGGAAUAAUCAAGUCAUCUCUACACCAAACCAUAAUACACUGCUGACGUCAUUAAGUGACGAAAUAAGUAGUAGUACUAGUGUGAAUAAUCCUUUAUAUACGUGCCAUUCCUUGAAACAAAUUAAUAAUUCUAACGUUUCAAAUUAUGAUAAUUCGAUAGAAUAUUUUUCAGAUAAAGAUACCAUACUACUUACAAACAAUAAUAAUUCAGUAGGCGGUUGUAAUAAUUCUUCAUCGUCAUCAAAAAAACCUAACUCAAAUUCAUCAAGACGACAUACUUAUGUAAAUUUAGGGAAUUCACAUGAAACGAAUCACCUGAUUGACACAAUAAAGAAUGGUGAUCAUCAUUCUCACCAUCAACAGCGGUCAGAUCAAACAAUAGAACUGGACCGUAGGAAUUGGGCACCACCUGUAUAUAUCCUACCUGAUGAACGGAGGAAUCGACGUGCCACACUAACAACAACAUAUCCAAACACAAAUGAAGUUAAUCGUUCCGGGAACUCAGCAUCCUCUAAGGACCAGAUUCACCAACCGACUAGUGAUCCACAGGAACUUCAACAUGGUUCUUCUUCUUCUUCUUCGAUGAGAAGGUUGGAAACAAAACUUGAAAGAAUUAAGUUUGGAACGAAGGAGAUUCCACGUACAAUUGGUGCACCAGCAGGGAAGCGAACAGCAUUGUUCCCUAAAGAGAAUAAAACACCAGCGAUAAUCGAUAUCCGCAGUGAGUUGGAUGCAUCACAAGCCCGAUUGGCAGAAGCACAAGCUCGUCUAUUAGCCAAUGAAGCUGAACGAAUCCAAUUAUUGAGAUCGUGGAGAAGUGAACUGAUCAAACAAUCUCAGUUGAUUAAUGCAAGCAGUCUGAACCAAAAUCAAACUACCACAAUGGUCUAUGACAGUCCUACAGAGCCUCAGCAACAAUAUCCCUCCAUUUUACGCAUAACUCAUACAGGAAAUAAAGAUCCAGCUCAACUGAGCUUUGGUCAUAAUGACGGUGAUGAUGGUGAAAACGAUGAUAAUAGUGAUCGAGAUUAUAAUGAUAUGAUCACUAAUGAGCCAAGAUCGUUGUCUGUAAUCCCGUUAAUCAAUACUAACUCAUUACAAAGACAGGAUUUACAUCAUUAUUAUGCGGAAAGUAUUUAUGAUUAUGAAGAUAGUGAACUGAUGCAUUGUAAUAAUAAUAAUAAUAAUAAAAAAUAA